AUGGCGGCGCCUGGCCCCCGCCGCCUCUCGGCUGCUUUUCGGGAGCACCUGCGGUGCCUGGGCUUGCGGGACUUCCCCUGCGGCCUUGGCAGCUGGAACAAGUCCCGCUUCAGUGCGCACACGAGCCCCUCGGGGCAGGAGGAGGAUGAGGACCUGCCGCUGGGCGAGGAGAGCCCUGAGGCACUGCUGGAGCUGCUGAGAGACCCACGCAGUCCCUGGGCCCUGCCGCCGGGCUGCGACCCCCAGAACCAGCAGCUGCGGGAGGUGGCCGUGCAGGCGCCCCAGCUCGUCCAUGGGACCCGCGUCCUCCAGGUCUUCAGGUCCCUGCGGAUCGUCGGCAAAGACGUAGAGGAAGUCGACAAGGAUCUGCUGCAGUUACAGCACCUGGAGGAGCUCAUACUCUGUGCCAACCAGAUCAGCAGGGUAACCUCGGCCAACCUGCCCCGGACUCUGAAGGUCCUGGAGCUCUGCUGCAACGCUGUGGCUGAUCUGCAGGAGCUGUGCGCUCAGCCCCCUCCGCAGCUGCAGCACCUGGGGCUGGGGUACAACAGGCUGUGCGGCCCCUCGCAGGACAAGUACCUCACUGCGGACUUCUGGCCAAAUCUCAUCUCCCUUGACCUGAGCUUUAACAACUUAACAGAGCUGCCGCGGCUGGUCUCCCAGCUCUCCAGUCUGCAGAAGCUCCGUGUCCUGGUGCUCCAAGGGAACCCUCUGGCUCUCGUUCCUGCUUACAGAGGCUUCGUCGUGGACAGCCUGCCCCAGCUGUCCGUCCUGGACUACAUCCAUGUGGGGCCCGAUGAGAGGCACCAGGUGCAUGGUUUGGCGAGGCAGCCAGAUCUGAUAAGAAGUGAAGCACAAGUGGUUGUGAGCAUUGGGAAAAUCAAGGGAGUUCCCGAUCCCAGCGCUCUCCAGGGACUGGAGGUUGGCUCUGAGGCACCAGUGAUCACCUACAGCUACUGCGUGACCUACGAGUUUGCGGAGGGAGAGGAGAUGGAGGACGGUGGCAGCACUGAGGUGACAAAAAUUCAUCAGAGUCCUGUGGUGGCCACCCUGGGUGCAGACAGCUCUGCAUGGGACACGGGGGGAACAAAGGGCCAGCAGGAGUCUGCAGCCACGGAGGAGCCCACGGCACAUGCUGCACAUUUGUUUGUCACCCCUGGAAAGCCCUGGGCAGACACCAUUGACUGCAGCUACAGGAAGGAGCACACUGCCAAGGACUUAGUGGGGCUGAAGGACUACCUGGCGGCUGGAACAAUCGUCUCAGUCGUGGAGGAGAAGGUGCUCUCGUGGCCUGUUGAUGCUGACUCAGAAGAAACUGCAGUAACAAACAAGAAGGCAGGACAGGGGAUAAAGAAGGACAGUGCCAAGGGUCCUGUGCCCAGGGACAAACAGAAGCAGAAGGAGCAGGAGAAGAAGAAGAAGAAGAAGCCGUGUGAACUCUGCAGCGACCCACCCAUUCAGAGGACCCUGGGCUCUGGGAGAGUGAGCCUGGAGGCCCUGCUGGCCGCUGAGGACCUGGUGGCAACUGUGUGUGACUUUGGGAUCCUCAUCACCAAGCAGCCACUGCAGCCACUGAGUCUGGAGGAGAAAGUGGACAAGAAAAAAGGCAAAGAGAAGAGCAAAAAAACGAAAGCAGAAAGUCAGGCCAGCCGGAAAACCACAGUGUCUGCCAAAGGAAAAAGAACAAACAAAGACUCUGCUGAGCCGGAGGAGGGCCGAGGGCUCGAGGCAGUGCCGCUGACAGUGGAAUUCCAGGUGCAGCUCCUGCGGUGGCCCUCAGCUGCUGCUCAGAGCCCGGGAAGCGCGGCGGUGGCGGUGGGCAAGGCUCGCUAA